GUAGGCACCAAUGAACUGUAGAUCUCAUUAUAUGUUAACAAAUCCAUUCUCUUAAUCUUCUUUCUAGCAGUGCUUUACACAUAAUCUAGAUCUUAAAUUAAGCUAACCUUUAUUGAGUAGCUUUCAUCAGCUAUAAUGACAUCCCCCAAAAGCACUGCAUCCCUUCAGAAUUCCUUCAUUUUCUAUCAAAACAAACACAAUGUAAAAGAGAAAAAGCCCACCUUCACCACCUUUCACCGAAAAGUGGGAGUGGGGAUAGAGGGGUAGCGUGGUUGUCUUAAGGAAUCUGUCAGCAGCAUAGGAAAGGAGACUGUACUAGAUUUGGAUAGUGAAGCAAAAGGAGAUAUAUCCUUUAUUAAAAACUGUUGGGUUUCUUGCAGAAUUAUCAUAGGGUACACUGAGGCUGAAAUCUGAGUUUUCCAGGAUUUUGAAGAGAUGGGUGUCGUCACUGUUGCUGAAUUGAAGCCAAGUAUGUCAGGGAAGAGAUCUUUUCGACCAAACUCCAGCAUAAGGCAUGCCACUGAAUGGUAACUUCUCUUCUGCCCAUCAAUUGUUUGAUAAAAUUCCUACAACACAAGUUCUUAAGUUCUCAACUAGCUUAUUGUGUUGAUUUUAAUGUCAAGUAGUGGCAGCAUUUCAAUAACCAUGGAAAAAGAGAUAAUAUCAUUGAAAUUAGACUAAAGCAGGGAACCAGAGAAUAGAAGUUUAUUCUGAAUUUUUAAUCCUUUGAGAACUGCAAAACACAGAAUUAUAUGAGAAAUUUGUUCUUUUUUCUUUAUCUAGUAUAUUUUUCUAGCUUCCAUCUUCAUUCUGACAAUUGUAGAACUCAGGUUUAUAGCAGAAAAACAAUAUGAUGUCUAGACUAUUGGCACCAACAAACAUGCCGAUUUCUGAUGUUUCUAGUGAUGUUACAUUUGAAGUUGGAGGAUCAAGCUUUGCACUUCACAAGUUUCCUUUAGUUUCUCGGAGUGGAAAAAUUCGGAAGCUGUUGGUUGAUGUCAAAGAUUCAAAAAUUCCUCGCAUAACUCUACCUUCUUUCCCUGGUGGACCGGAGGCAUUUGAGCUUGCUGCAAAGUUUUGUUAUGGGAUACAUAUCGAGAUUACACUAUCAAAUGUUGCUAUGUUAAGAUGUGCAGCUUAUUUUCUGGAAAUGACAGAAGAGUUUACAGAGAAAAACCUGGAAAAUCGAACUGAGGCUUAUCUGAAGGACAUAGUGCUCCAAAAUAUCUCAAACUCAAUAUCUGUUCUUCACCGGUGUGAGAGCCUUCUACCCAUCUCCGAAGACAUCAGUCUGGUUAACAGGCUCAUCAGUGCAAUUGCAAGUAAUGCAUGCAAAGAGCAGCUGACCUCUGGUUUGUUGAAGCUUGACCACAAUUUCUCCGGAAAAUCCAUGUCAAACAUGGUGCCAGAAACACCAUCAGAUUGGUGGGGAAAGUCCCUCGCUGUGCUUAAUCUUGAUUUUUUCCAAAGAGUUCUGUCUGCUGUGAAGUCAAAGGGUUUAAAACAGGAUAUGAUCAGCAAAAUUCUGAUAAACUAUGCACACAAUUCUCUUCAAGGCAUUGUUGUGAGAGCUCCUCACCUGGUUAAAGGAAGUCUCCUGGAUUUGGAGCUGCAGAAGAAGCAAAGAGUCAUCACUGAAGCGAUCGUCAGCUUACUUCCGACUCAAUCAAGGAAGAGUCCGGUGCCAAUGGCGUUUCUUUCAAGUUUGCUGAAAGCCACAAUAGCGUCUUCUGCAUCCACUUCUUGCAGAACCGAUCUGGAGAGGCGGAUCGGCCUGCAACUGGACCAGGCGAUUCUCGAAGACAUCCUGAUUCCGGUAAAUUCACCGGCAAAUAGCCAUUCGACGAUGUACGAUGCGGACUCGAUCCUGAGGAUCUUCUCCAUAUUUCUGAACCUGGAUGAGGACGAUGAUGAUGAUAAUCCUUUGAGAGACGAAAGCGAAAUGGUGUAUGAUUUCGACAGUCCUGGAUCUCCCAAACAGAGUUCAAUUAUCAAAGUAUCGAAGUUAUUGGAUAAUUACCUGGCAGAAGUGGCCCUCGAUUCGAAUUUGUUACCGUCGAAGUUUAUCGCACUCGCAGAAUUGCUCCCCGAUCAUGCUCGAAUCAUUAGCGAUGGAUUAUACAGGGCCGUAGAUAUCUUCCUCAAAGUUCAUCCAAAUAUCAAGGAUUCCGAACGGUACCGGCUGUGCAAAACGAUCGACUGUCAGAAACUAUCACAAGAAGCGUGCAGCCACGCGGCACAGAACGAGCGGUUACCGGUACAGAUGGCGGUCCAGGUAUUGUACUUCGAGCAAAUCCGGCUACGGAAUGCAAUGAGCGGCGGCGGCCACAACCAGUUCUUCUUCGGCGCGAUCAACAGCCACUUUCCUCAACGGUCCAGCAGCGGCGCCGGAAGUGGAGCCAUCUCGCCGAGGGACAAUUAUGCGUCGGUGAGGAGAGAGAACCGGGAGCUGAAGCUGGAAGUGGCGCGAAUGAGGAUGAGACUAACGGAUCUGGAGAAGGACCACGUCUCAAUGAAACAGGAGCUGGUGCGGUCCCAUCCCGCCAACAAGCUAUUCAAAUCGUUCGCCAAGAAGCUGAGCAAACUGAACGCCCUGUUCAGGAUCAACAACAAUCUCAAACCCAUCGGCGGCAAGGCAAAUUCAGAUUCCCGAUUCCCCUUCCAGAAACGGCGGCGACACUCAAUGUCCUGAAGAUGAUUGAGGAUCAUGUAAAGGGGGAAGAGUGUGAUUUGUAUAGUAAUAUGUAGUGUGAUUAAUGAAUUUUCAUAGAUUAAUUCUUGGGUGUUGUUUUUCCUUCUAGUUUGUUUUUGUGUUCUUGGAGAGAUCACUGCCUUACAUUUUUAUUAGAGAGGAAGGCACAACUCUGAAAUUUGGUGUCUUGAUGCUGUCUGUGUCUUCUUCUACAUGAGUGAAGAUUUUGUAAAAUAUUUCCAAAUAAAAACCUUCUAAACAU